UCCUAGUCGUAGCAUUUUGCAGGAAAAGCUAAGUAACUCCAUUUAUUUGCUUUAAAAAGUUAAGCCCUCCCCACUACUCAUAACUAGUACUAUUCUUCCAUUUUUCAGCUGUCUUUCCCCUUCCAUGGCUUCCACUUCCUCCGUCAUUGCUUGGGGCUCAGGUGAAGAUGGUCAAUUGGGAAUUGGAAAUAAUGAAGAAAAAGAAUGGGUUUGCGUUGUUAAGGCUCUUGAGCCUCACAACGUCCGCUCCGUCGUUGCUGGCAGCCGUAACUCCCUCGCUAUCUGUGAUGAUGGCAAGUUGUUUACAUGGGGAUGGAACCAGAGAGGAACCUUAGGGCACCCUCCAGAGACCAAAACUGAGAAUAUUCCAAGCCCGGUGAAGGCUCUUGCUAAUGUUAAUAUUGUUCAGGCAGCUAUUGGUGGGUGGCAUUGUUUGGCCGUUGAUGAUAAGGGGAGAGCUUACGCUUGGGGUGGGAAUGAAUAUGGCCAGUGUGGUGAAGAACCCGAGCGGAAAGAUGGCACUGGUAGGCCUUUGAGAAGGGACAUUGUGAAUCCUCAACGCUGUGCCCCAAAGCUUGUAGUUCGCCAGGUAGCUGCUGGGGGUACUCACUCUGUAGUGCUUACUCGUGAAGGACACGUGUGGACCUGGGGUCAGCCUUGGCCUCCUGGAGACAUAACACAAAUAUCUGUUCCUGUGAGAGUACAAGGUCUUGAAAAUGUGAGACUUAUUGCAGUGGGAGCAUUUCAUAAUUUGGCUCUCCAGGAGGAUGGGACUUUGUGGGCAUGGGGUAAUAAUGAAUAUGGACAACUUGGAACUGGGGAUACUCAACCAAGAUCGCAACCUAUACUUGUCCAAGGGCUAUCUGGUCUCACUUUGGUUGAUAUUGCAGCUGGUGGAUGGCAUUCUACUGCAUUGACUGAUGAUGGAGAGGUGUAUGGUUGGGGAAGAGGGGAACAUGGGAGGCUUGGGUUUGGGGAUAAUGACAAGAGCAGUAAAAUGGUGCCACAGAGGGUUCAUCUUGUAGCCAGUGAAGACAUUGUACAGGUGUCCUGUGGUGGAACUCACUCUGUUGCAUUGACACGUGAUGGGUGCAUCUUUUCGUUUGGACGAGGUGACCAUGGACGCCUUGGAUAUGGGAGGAAGGUAACAACAGGUCAACCAAUGGAGGUGCCUGUCAAUCUCGGCUCCAAAAAUGUUAAUGGCAGUGGAGCUGAGGGACGUUGGAUCUCUAAACUUGUUGCUUGUGGAGGGCGCCAUACUCUUGCCAUAGUAGAAUGGAAGACUGAUGAAUCUAAGCCAUAAACUAGAGAAUGGUAUCUUUCACAAAACGUCAUCAUGAAGCAUGUGUUCAUGAGAUUCAGAUGUUUGGAGUAGGAGAUGUAUACACUUAAAAAAUAUUUUUACCAUAAUAUAAAAUUAUAAUACA